AGGCAAUCGGGAUCUUAUUUUGAACGAGAAGGGUAAGCCAGCCAUUGUUUCAUCUGAGAAGAAGAUAAUGGCUCCGAAGAAGAAACCUCAGAAGCAAAGCAACAAAGCUGCUGCUUCUUCAUCGUCGAAAUCGAACCAUCAGAAAUCUUCUUCAGGUCCUAAACUUCAGAUUUCGGCGGAGAACGAGGACCGUUUGCGACGGCUCUUGCUCAACUCUGGCCGCACCGCUCCUCUGGCUCCGGCACCUAUCCACUGUGCGCUUUCCAAAAAUCAGAAGGCGAAGAAACUCAAUAACGUCUACGAGAAGCUCUCUUGCGAAGGAUUCGUAGAUGAUCAGAUUGAGCUCGCUCUCUCCUCUCUUAGAGACGGAGCUACGUUUGAGGCUGCUCUUGAUUGGCUCUGCUUGAACUUGCCGAGUCAUGAGUUGCCAGUGAAGUUUUCUACUGGAGCUUCUCGCUUUCCUACAGGAGGUGGUUCUGUAGGUGUGUUAUUGACCUCACGGGAAGAUUGGAAUGAGUCUUCUGACUCUUCAGUCCAGCACAAUCAGGAGGAGCCUGAAGUUUUAGUUAAAGUGAAGGGGAAGCAAGAUGAAGAUAAUCUUAGUUCUGGCCAAUCAUCUCAAGCUGAUUGGAUCCGUGAGUAUAUGAGAAGACAGGAAGAGGAGGAAUUAGAAUCUUGGGAAGAUGAGGCGGAUGGUGUUGGCUCCAGCAAGGAGGUAUCCGGUCCGAGGCCUUUCGAUGUGAUUGCCAAAGAAUAUUAUUCGGCAAGAUCAGAUGCUAUAAAAGCAAAGGAGAAGCGUGAUAAAAAAGGACAGGAGCAAGCAGGCUUAGCCAUUCGCAAGAUCAAGCAAGAGAUAUCUGCUCUUGGAAUAUCUGAAGCGACGUUGGAAUCUGAAUUUCAGCGUGAAUAUGCUUUUGAAGAUGCUACAGAAAAAGAAUUAAUCUCUCCCAUGCCUGUUAAUGUUCACGAGGCCGUAAAUUCUGAUGCUGUCUGUAUUCAGUCGUUAGAUGACCCGGACUUGGGUGCAAAUCUUGGUAAGAGCGGUGGAUCUGAGGAAAAUCAACCAAAAGAUCUUCCCUCAUGUUCCCAGGGAAAAGAAUUAGUUGCAUCGGAUUCGGAUGAUAACUCAGAGGUCAUGGAGCUUGAUGAUAUGUUUUUAGAAGAUGUCCCACCUUCUGAAGCUUCGCCAUAUGAACUCCUGGAAUUGCAGAAGAAUGAAAUGAUGAGAGAACUACGCAGUGAGAAAAAUCUUAAGAAACUAGAGGGCAUCUGGAAGAAGGGUGAGGCGCAGAAGACCCCAAAAGCAUUUCUUCAUCAAUUGUGUCAACGGUCAGGGUGGGAGGCACCAAAGUUCAAUAAGGUAGCCACUGAAGGAAGGAAUUUUUCAUAUACUGUAAGCAUUCUGCGUAAAGCCAGUGGGCGGGGUAAAAGCAGACAAGCCGGGGGUCUGGUAACGCUUCAACUUCCAGAUCAAGAUGUGGGCUUUGAAUCUAUCGAGGAUGCACAAAACAGAAUUGCGGCAUUUGCUCUCCAUAAGCUCUUUUCGGAUUUGCCUGUUCACUUUGCAAUCACUGAGCCUUAUGCCUCUCUAGUUUUAACCUGGAAACAAGAGGCAUUGUUGUGUACCGUGCAAAGCACAGAAGAAGAUCGAAGAGCUAAUUUUGUUGAUAGAUUGCUUGACGAAGACAAUUUCAAUUCGACCGCGUCGUCAAGUGGAAUCGGCGAUGCACUUCCAGUGACCUAUGUCGAAAUGAAAGAUGACAUGGGUGUUGUCAAAUCUAACAACAGAGCUAAGCGAGACUCUUCCAUAGAAGCUAUCUGUUUAUCUCUCCAACAAAGACAAGAAAACAAAAAGAAAACGCCGAAGUACAAGGACAUGUUGAAAGCUCGAACUGCUCUUCCUAUAUCUGAAGUGAAGAAUGGCAUACUGCAGCAUCUGAAAGAAAAAGAUGUGUUAGUAGUAUGCGGAGAAACAGGCUCUGGAAAGACUACACAGGUUCCUCAAUAUAUAUUGGAUGAUAUGAUCGACUCGGGGCGUGGUGGAUACUGUAAUAUCAUAUGCACACAACCUCGGCGGAUAGCAGCUAUCUCUGUUGCUCAAAGAGUUGCUGAUGAGCGUUGUGAAUCCUCUCCAGGCAUAGAUGACUCCUUGGUUGGUUAUCAAGUUCGUCUUGAAAGUGCAAGGAGUGACAAGACAAGGCUGCUGUUUUGUACUACUGGCAUUCUACUGAGGAAACUCGCUGGGGAUAAAACCUUGAAUGAUGUUACACAUAUUAUAGUCGAUGAAGUGCAUGAGCGGUCACUUUUGGGUGACUUUCUUCUCAUUAUUUUAAAGAGCUUGAUAGAGAAGCAAUCAUGCGACAAUACAUCACGUAAAUUGAAAAUUAUCCUUAUGUCCGCUACUGUUGACGCAGGUCUAUUCUCAAGAUAUUUUGCUCAUUGUCCGGUGAUUACUGCUCAAGGACGAACACACCCGGUUACUACUCACUAUCUGGAGGAGAUUUAUGAGAGAACAAGAUACCUUCUGGCUCCAGAUUCUCCUGCUGCGCUAAGAUCUGAUUCAUCCAUUAGAGACAAGCUUGGUUCAGUAAACGACCGUAGGGGACAGAAGAAUCUUGUAUUGGCUGGCUGGGGUGACGAUUAUUUGCUUUCAGAGGGCUGUCUUAAUCCGUUUUAUAUUUCCAGUAAUUACAACUCAUACAGUGAUCAAACACAACAAAAUCUGAAAAGGUUAAAUGAGGACGCUAUUGACUACGAGCUUCUUGAAGAGUUGAUAUGCCACAUUGAUGACACUUGUGAGGAAGGAGCAAUUCUUGUAUUUUUGCCUGGAGUGUUAGAAAUCCACAUGUUACUCGAUAGGUUAGCUGCUUCGUAUCGUUUUCGUGGACCUUCUGGAGAUUGGCUUCUUCCUCUACAUUCUUCUAUUGCAUCUACAGAACAGAAAAGCGUGUUUCUGCGCCCCCCUGAAGAUAUACGAAAGGUUAUCGUAGCUACAAAUAUUGCAGAGACCAGUAUUACAAUUGAUGAUGUGGUGUAUGUGAUUGACAGUGGCAAACACAAGGAAAAUCGCUAUAAUCCACAGAAGAAAUUGUCAAGCAUGGUGGAAGAUUGGAUAUCUCAAGCAAAUGCAAGACAAAGAACAGGAAGAGCUGGACGCGUCAAACCUGGAAUUUGCUUUUCAUUGUACACACGUCAUAGGUUCGAGAAGCUAAUGCGUCCCUAUCAGGCUUUGGAACCCCCGAGUGAAGGUGCUAUAACCUCUGCAAUUUCAUUGUUACACGAGAUGCUGUUAUAUGGUGGAAUAUUUGGUUGCUUAUCACCUAUUCUCUCGAUUGCUGCUUUCUUGAGCUACAAAUCGCCGUUUAUAUAUCCCAAAGAUGAGAAACAAAAUGUCGACCGGGUGAAACUUGCUCUUUUGUCUGAUAAUCUGGAGAAGAAAUCAAGUGAUGUGAACAACAAUGACAGACAAUCUGAUCAUCUCCUUAUGAUGGUUGCAUACGACAAAUGGGUGAAGAUACUGCAGGAGCGAGGAAUGAAAGCUGCACAAAGGUUCUGUGAAUCAAAGUUCUUGAGUAGCUCAGUGAUGCGGAUGAUAAGAGACAUGAGAGUACAAUUUGGCACAUUACUUGCCGACAUCGGGCUCAUCAAUCUUCCCAAAACAGGAGAGUUUGCAGGAAGAAAAAGGGAGAAUCUCGAUGUCUGGUUUUCUGACCAAACUCAACCUUUCAACAUGUAUUCACAACAACGUGAAGUUGUUAAGGCUAUACUAUGCGCGGGGCUAUAUCCAAAUAUCGCAGCCAAUAACAAUGGAAUUACAGAGGCAGCGAUUAACAGUUUGACAAAGCAAGGAAACCAAACAAAGAGUUAUUCAGCGUGGUACGAUGGCAGAAGAGAAGUCCAUAUCCAUCCGUCUUCUAUAAAUAGCAACUUCAAAGCAUUUCAAUACCCUUUCCUUGUAUUUCUUGAGAAGGUUGAAACGAACAAAGUGUAUCUACGAGAUACAACCAUUGUUUCUCCUUUCUCCAUUCUACUUUUUGGCGGAUCAAUCAAUGUUCAUCAUCAGAAUGGAUCAGUCACAAUUGAUGGGUGGUUAAAGAUAGCAGCACCAGCUCAAACCGCAGUUUUGUUCAAAGAGCUCCGGUUAACACUCCAUUCCAUUCUCAAAGAUCUUAUCCGAAAACCAGAGAAAUCAGGUAUAGUCCACAACGAAGUCGUCAAGUCUAUGGUUCAUCUUCUUAUAGAAGAAGGCAAACCCCAACACACAUGAACUUAAAAACCAAGAUUUGAAGACGAACAUGUGCAAGACUACUGUGAUUUAGAGAUUUAAGAUAUAUAUAUCCUUUUUCCGGGAAAUUGGUAAAAGAAAUCCUGAAAAUAUGAGGAAAACAAGUAUCAUAUUCUUGAGCUCUUCUUUCAAAAAGAUUAAUAAGUCACUAUUUCUUCUUGGAACAAUAUAAAAUGAACCAAACCUUUCUAUAACGGGAUUUUAAACCGGAGCUCUUAGAUAAAAAAAAUGCAAAAUGAACUUUA